CCCGUGUCCGAGUUCGGCGUCUUUGUUCUCGUCUGGUGGCAGUGGAAGGUCAAGCGCUACCAUGGUUACCUCUCUGAUGGUUCGGGUUUGUGUGUGUCUGACGCUAGCCCAGCUCAACAGAGCAGGUAGUCAGCGAGACGCUCAGGGGAGGUUGGCCAGUCUGGUCCAGCACUCUGACGUCAACGGGCAGCUCGAGGCAGGUCCUCGAGACAGGGCCAGGGCCGACCGAAGAGCCCCAGCGCCGGUUUGGCGUUCCCUCCAAGGGAGAGGAAAAAGUCCAGGACUACCAGGUUCCAACCAGCCACAGUUCCGCUGCAGUAAUAAUACACUGACCCUGCGCUUUUCACCCACCCGAUACACCAAUUUGCAUCUGGAAGAUGGGACACCGUUGUUGUUGCUGCCUGACAGGUGUCAUGGUUCCCUUCAUAUUUAUAGGUGGUAUCUGCUGGUGAAGCUUCCCAAUACUGGCUGCUAUUCAACAACGCAGAUUGAAGAGGGUGGAUACAGUCCACUGAAACUGCAUUAUUUUGACCAGCUGCUGCAGAAGAACAUGAUGGGUAUGGCUGUGUGUGAGAAUCCAGAAAUGUCUCCACUGGUAACUUGUGGAACGAGUAUCACUGUGAAGCUGCCUCCUGAAACAAAACUAAAGGAGGUUAAAGAGCUUGAUGAUUUUGUUUAUGGAGGAUACUCUGUGAGCCAAUGGAAGACGCGGAAUGCUUUGUUUGUUCAAAUAUCAAAGUUACCUGACAAGGAUUCUGGCUUUGAACUAGUUUAUUUAGAUUCUACUGGGAAACUGCAAACGAAGUUGGUAAUUUGUUACCAAAAACAGUUGACUCAUCGUGUCACGCGAGCACUAGAGGAACCAGACAUUUUUGAACUGUGGGACUUUGAAGAGACUCCUGUUGAACCAUAUGAUCCGGACAAAACGUCAACUAAGAUACAAUCCAUACAAGAUACAACAACUGAAAUGCUUAACUCCGAAACUACAGUUCCGGAAGAUGAUUGUAUGACAACUCAAGCACCUAACUCAGAAACUACAGUUCCGGAAGAUGAUUGUAUGACAACUCAAGCACCUAACUCAGAAACUACACUUCCAGAAGAUGAUUGUAUGACAACUCAAGCACCUAACUCGGAAACGGUUACGGAAGAUGAUAGUACAGGAUUGUUUGAAUUGUGGGGCAUUGAAGACAUUCCUGAAGAACCAUACAUUGACAUAGAUGGGAUUACUGUUACGACCACCCCCGCCCCCUCGAUCACAACCACCAACUCAACCAAGACCACAGUGGCAGUGUCUACUAUAAGUUGUCUAUAGUUUGCCCCUGAAGAAUG